CUUCCACUCUAACACAGACUAGUACAGAGACAAGAGUCAUUCCCAGACGUUAGCACAACAGCAGAUGCAGCCAAGAUGUAUCUCAGAUGGGGUGUUAGGACGUUAUGGGGAGCUCACGAAGUCUCCUCUUUGUUUAUUCUUAAUACCCGGCUUCUGUGUUCCUCGGGAAUGCCACUGGGCUUAUGCACCUGGUCUCCGGGAGCUGCGGUGGAUGGGCAUGUGUGACAGCACUAUGGGACUGAAUAACAUUCUCUUUGUGAUGACCCUCCUGCUCUAUGGUGCUGCUUCCAUGAAGAGUCAAGCAUAUUUCAACAAGACUGGAGAACUGCCAUGCCAUUUUACAAAUUCUCAGAACAUAAGCCUGGAUGAGUUGGUAGUGUUUUGGCAGGACCAGGAUAAGCUGGUUCUGUACGAGCUAUACAGAGGCAAAGAGAACCCUCAAAAUGUUCAUCGCAAGUAUAAGGGCCGCACAAGCUUUGACAAAGACAAUUGGACCCUGAGACUCCAUAACAUUCAGAUCAAGGACAAGGGCUUGUAUCAAUGUUUCGUUCAUCAUAAAGGGCCCAAAGGACUCGUUCCCAUGCACCAGAUGAAUUCUGACCUAUCAGUGCUUGCUAACUUCAGUCAACCUGAAAUAAUGGUAACUUCUAACAGAACAGAAAAUUCUGGCAUCAUAAAUUUGACCUGCUCAUCCAUACAAGGUUACCCAGAACCCAAGGAAAUGUAUUUUUUGGUAAAAACCGAGAAUUCAAGUACUAAGUAUGAUACUGUCAUGAAGAAAUCUCAAAAUAAUGUCACAGAACUGUACAACGUUUCUAUCAGCUUGUCCUUCUCAGUCCCUGAAGCAAGAAAUGUGAGCAUCUUCUGUGUCCUGCAACUUGAGUCAAUGAAGCUUUCCUCCCUACCUUACAAUAUAGAUGCACAUACGAAACCCACCCCUGAUGGAGACCACAUCCUCUGGAUUGCGGCUCUGCUUGUAAUGUUGGUCAUUUUGUGUGGGAUGGUGUUCUUUCUAACACUAAGGAAAAGGAAGAAGAAGCAGCCUGGCCCCUCUCAUGAAUGUGAAACCAACAAAGUGGAGAGAAAAGAAAGUGAGCAGACCAAGGAAAGAGUACGGUACCAUGAAACGAAAAGAUCUGAUGAAGCCCAGUGUGUUAACAUUUCGAAGACAGCUUCAGGCGAAAACAGUACUACACAGUUUUAAUUAAAGAGUAAAGUCCAUCCAUUGUUUAUAUGCCUUCCCUUUCAAAUUUUGGCUUACCUUUUUCUUGUCCAUUAACAUUAUUAUUGCCACUAAUAAUAACAGGCUCUCCAGGGCUCCCUCUAAAUGAGAGAGCCUCCCUAUAAUGCCAGUUCUGCUCCCUACACUAGGAGCAGAUUUUAACUGCUUCUUUUCAUCUCAGAGCACACUUGUGGGCCAUGCUCACCUGACUGGCUCCUGGCUCAGGAAUAAUGUUUAAGACUAACACCUCCUGUUUCAGAUUCAGCCUUCUUUUCUUAAUUUUAUACAUUGUGUUUUAUGUAGAACUCCCAAUUACUGGACUAAUGGCUUUUAUCUAUGCUUAAUUCUAAGAUAGUGCCUCAUUCCAUCUUGUAUAUUUGUGACUACCUCUGCAGUCUGGGUGGGAGUUUUGUAUGUUAUGGCUUUAUAGUGUUGCUUUAAUAUUUUGAGACAUAAAGAGAUGUGUACUAUAAUAAUGUAAUUACUAUGCCCCGAGAAAAGUCUACCCACUGCUGAGGAGCUCUUGCUCCUCUGUGAGGGUCAGUAGGAAAAUGGUGGCUUGGUGUGCUGACAACAAUGAGCAGACCAACUCAAAAUUUGGAAGAUUAGGAACGAUGGAGAUAGAACCAGCUCUGAGUCCUGGAGCCACUUCUAUCUGGGCUGCUGCUAAUCUGAGGAGGAUCCACCUGCCUAACAAGCUAUGGAUAAGCCUUAGCAGGGAGCUCUUUGUAAAGCAGGAAAGCACUAUGCACUGUGAACCCUACUUCUCUUCUUGAAAAAAAUGGCUGAGAUGAUGGCCCAGGGCAACUGUUCAAGAGCCAACUGAGAGAUCACAAUACUUAAAAGAGAAAAAAGAAAAAAAAAAAAAAAAAAGGAAAGCUCUUGACAGACCAAGAUGUGCAUGGAUAUCCUAUCUGUCCAGUCCUCCAGCAAGCCCUGGGACAAGAAACAGGUGAACCGUCUGUCCAAAAAGAUGUAAGACAGACAGCAUCUUCCCUGGUAGUUGGUGAGAAGUUUGGAUAAUACUUAAGUUAUUGUGAUGUUUCAUCUGGCUGGAGGCAGAGUUGGGGCGGGGAGAGCUAUCACCUUGAUAAUGGGAUAAAUGGAAGGAGGCUUAGGACUCUUUCAAUUUAGGACUGAAAGAGAAAGAGCUAGAGUGGAAUUAGGAAGACCCACAUGCAAAUCAUCCAGUGGCCAAUGUAGCUGGUGAGGGUGCUAGGAAGGGAUCCGCUGGCUCAGAGCAGGGCUCACAGAUUUGUGUCUGAGGACUAUCUAUAUGGUCAUUCUCAACCAUAGGAAAACUGGGUGCACCAGAGGACCAUGCUAGCCCAGGAGAAAUGAGUUAAGUGACCCUGGCUCUAAGACAUCAUCACUAAUGAAUGGAGCAGCCUCAGUCCAAACCAAGAGAGAGAACUUUGGGAGGCCUGAUCCACAGAAAUAUUUCUUCCUAUUCUACACAAAGAAACCUAGAAGAUUGUAGACAGCUGUGCUAACCGUGCUUGCCUUGUAAGAUUUCCAUUUAUGUGUUCUUCCCUGCCUCUGCCGUCAUUGGGCUCUAAGCGUCUUGUUGGUUCCUAACAUGGUUUAUACAGUGAGCUCUUAAUAAAUUUUUCUUAAAUUGAUUUAAAGGUCUCCAUUUUCUGCUUCUACUUCAACAGUACUGCUCAACCCAUGUUACUUCCUCUGUCUUCCUGAUAUACUUCCUCCCUCUUCAUGUCUCCGUGGAAGCUUCAUUCUCCAGUCACCCUUGCUAGAAGCCUCUGACUUACCCCAAACCCCUGCGCUUCUCUUUUCCCUUAACCAUUAUAUAAGAGAGGAGGGUCUCAUAUGAUUUUAAAUGUUUAUCUCAGUUACGAGACAUAAAAAAGUCAAGCCAAGGAAGUUCUUUCUGAGGACAACUGGGAAAUUUGGAGUUACAAAAGGAAUAUUUGCUUUUCAGUUUGUGACUUUUUAAAUUAUGUGCUCAUGUACACAUUUAACAAAAGCCCAAUGUUAAAUAUUCCUUAAAAUACCUUGAUUACAAAAUAAAUGCAUAUAACUGUAUUGUA